AAAUUAUCUGACAAUAUAAAUUGCUACUAUUAAUCGAUAAUCGGUCAUUACUCUCUCUAUUAGCGCCUUAACAUUAAACGUAGACCGCGAAGAAACAAUAAUUGCAGGAUUAAAUAAUAAGUAUAACAGCAUCGUGCUUCCUACUUGGAGUAGAACACGCUGCUGUCUUGUAUUUCAUGCGCGCUAGAAAGUACCCAUUUAAUAACGCGGCGAUCUGAGAGAGUGAAGGCAAAACCUAUAUAUUAAGGAUGUAAGAAAGUUUACGAUCGUACGAACACAUAGUUCCGCCAUUAUUAAGACGACAUUAAUUACGAAGGUGAGUUUACGCACCGUGCUUGUUAGUUUUAAUACAGAAAUAUCGCAUUCGAGCAAUAAUGUCGGAUUUGCGAGAAUCCUCCUCUCCUCUUUCGUACAUAAAUAAACCGCCAACUCGCUGGUUGUGCAUUUUAGGUGAAUUUGAUAACCAAUAAUGCUCAAGCGAGGCACGUAAAGCAGCCAUAAAUGCAUUUGGGUGAAUUUGAAAUCCGAUAAUAUUUAAACGUGGCACGUAAAGCAACCAUAAACCAUUAACUCUUGCUUGCAAAGCUGUAUCGAUUAUUGUUGUCGAGAAGAAUUAAUCACGCGGAACCAAUUUUCCAACUGGCCAGCCAUCGCACAUAUAUAAUAAAUAAAACCGAGAAUGAGACAUUGUUAUUAUAAUAUUUUUUUCGCCAUUUAAAAAGGCCCUUACGUGCCCCGAGCACUUCGGUCAAUUAAUUCUUCCUCCGUGUCAUUAAUAAUACUUCCUUUAUCCGUCAUUAAUAAUUAACGGUCGAUAAUUUGUCUUGAUUCGUCUUUCAGCGGAUCGUCUCUUAUCGCCCGAUGAAUCAGCACGAUUUACGUCAUAAUCUAGAUAUCCGGAAGCGCGAAGCACCUCCGAAGCACAUCGCUCGCGCUUCCGCUCUCGACUUCCUCGUUCGACACGGCGGCGCGAAGAGUUUUUCCGAGAGCUCAUUUAGGUGCAAGCUCAGCCUUCGCGUUAAUGACAUCGUCAUUAAGGAAAAACAUCGAAUUGCAGUAUCAUGUAGUUGAAAUGUUAAUAAGAUAUUUUUUUACGUUGCGACGCGUUUUCCGCAAUUUUUAUAUAUUUUUAAUAUUUAAUUCCGUCACACUUUACUAUUUUGCACGUGAAGAUUUUUAUAUUUUAUAUUUUACAUGCUGAUUUAAAAAAUGAUGAGAUAUAUUAUUUAAAUCAAACAAAUGGAACAAAUUGUUUAAACAGGUGAAUUCGUGUCAUUCUUUUUAAAUUCAAAAUUGGUACAUCUUAAUGGCGCGAAUUAUUGUAAAAACUCUCUCGGGAGGACAAUACACUAUCUCGUGGAAAGUCGAGAACAGUGCCCGCCAGACUAACGACGUUUUCGAGGGUAACGACGUGUGGAUUGUAUAGUUAAUUAUGAUGCAGCGACUGUCGAGCGUUAAAUGUCCCGCACGCAAGCUCAUCCAAAAACGUGAUGAUGGGGAUCCAUGAUGAUCCCAUGGUCCAUGACGGCGUUGCGUGCACAUCGCGAAAUUCGUGCAGAAACAACGUGAAACAAAAUGAGGGCCUUAUUUUCUCUUUUCGCGUGUUGGAACAUUUGUAUUACGUUGACUCUAACCGCCCUUUUUGCAUUCGCUGGUCUCAGGGAGCACUUACACGCAACUGAACGGGCUGUCGUAACUGUCACUUCUUCCUUGUUAUAUUUCUUACAAAGUUUCGUGUAAGUUUCGCGAUAUCGAUUUCCCACGAGACCAGAUAAGUGAGUCGAGGGUCUCGCGUAACACUCCAAGUCUGCUCAUAAUCUCUACUUAAGUGAUCCGACAUACGCAAUUCAGUAAGAAACACCCGCUUAGGGCGCCCGAGUUGCAAGAACAAUUUAUAUAAUUCGCUAAAUAUCAAUAUUACGUGAAUCUCGUAAAAGGUAACUCAGUUCAUAAUUGUAUAAUCCUCGAUAGAAGCAUUUACGUAAUUCGGAUUUAAUCGGUUAAUCGAUUAAUCGGUCGCGCAGCGUUCGCCGACAACGCUACUCGUUCUCUUAACUUACUCCAUGGAGCAGAGUUAAUCAUGACCUUUGGCGUAGUACCAAAAGUCCAACGAAGUUUUCAACGAUCAUCGUCCGAUCUCUCGCGAUACAGGUUUCCGCGAUCGCGUCAAGAAUCGCGAAAAGGUCUUUGACACUUUUCACUUUCUGCUUGCUAUUCACGGCGAACGUUAUCUUGGCGAAGCGACGACGCGUAUCGGCAAAGUUUACCGGAUUCAGAGACUUGUACUUAUGUUUGCAAACGACCGGUUGCAUUUCCGACAGCGAUCCGACCUCGUCAUGCACUGGACAAACGCAAAAAAUCGCCGUUGUAUCCGAUACCGGUAAUUGACGACGAUUAAAAAAUCGAUCGAGUAUCGAUUUCUCAGAAACGAUCUUUCUGAAAGCCAGCUCGAAAGCCAGCAAAAACGAUUUUUGUCGCGAAUUUUAUUUUUAUUUUUUCGUUAAUUGCACAAUCGUUACCGUUGCCAUUUUUCUCACAUAUUAUUAUAUUUACUGCACGUGUGAUAAACGCAAUAAUGCCUCUUCGCUUCAAGAUCACGGUCAAGAGAAUCAGUCUGAGACAAUUAUGACGCUCUAUAAAAGCAGCGAACGGUUUCUUGCCCGAGCAGAACAAUAAAUGUCACUCCUUUUACGGGAGGACUUGUUGAGACCGGCGCGUGCAGAGCCUUUCCACGUGAUUUUUCUUGUUAAAAAAGGGCAAUUUCACUCUCGUCGUUCUUUAAUGAAACGCGAAAGUGACCAUCCCCUCUUGAUGAAGGCAUCGCGUGUCCAGCUUCUAAGUUCAGUAACGCAUCCGUGGAGGCCAUAUAUAUAAGAUGGUAAAAGUAUGCGACUGAUCUAUUUACUCUUAACUCAAGCAAGGUGCUCGGAGAUUUUUCUCCAGCAUUUCGUUCCAUCGUGUCGGUCAGGAUGGAAUACGAGGUAAGCUAUCAAGCCGCUGGAAACAUUGGUAUUGUGAGCAAGUGUGGAAAAUUAAAUGGUGCUUUCGUGUAAAAUUUAUACGAGGCUGUGAUAGAUAUUCUGUGAUACAAAAUGAAGAGUGAACCAGUGUUUAGCAAGUGUUACAUAUUUUUAAAUCCAAAUUUAAAAUAAUUUUUGGGAAAGGAAAUUAAUUGUUCUGAAAUCUUUAUCGGAAACAUACUGAUUUGUUUUAAUAUUCUUUGUAACUCAUUCAAUUCGCGAUUUUUCUAAACGAUCGGUGUGUUAAAAUGUUGCAAAAUCUCUUGCAAAUUGUUCUAAAUACGUUUGUUUAGUAAUUAAUAAUAAGAUUUCUUCAUUUUUAUUUUAUAAUCAUUUCUUAGCCUUCAUAUAUUAUUAUUUUAUAAUUUGCUUGAUAUUUUCUUCGAAGUAAUUUAAGAUACGGCUUCUGAAAAUAUUUUCAAAGAAGAACUUCUAUUCAUCAUACGUUAGAAUGGAAGUCCUCGUGAAAUGGUUUGUAUUAUGCCACUUGCAGGCAUGCACGAUGUUCCUGCUGUCUCUCUUCGUGGUAAUGGUGACGAGUGUUCCGAUUCGCAACAGCCAUAAUGGACACAUACGUAUGUAUAAUCACAUUCCUGCAGCACGAUAUGUGCAUCGAAUCAUGCCUCUUCACGUAAGGCAACACAGAGCGAAUUAUAUUGGAGAAAGGAACACGCACAUAGACAACGUAAAAUUGCGGAAUACCGAACAGGAUGAGUCCAAGGAUAAUCAAUUUUCAGAAUCUCAAAUUCCACACUUCAAAGCUGAGCAUGGGAUAGAAGUCAUUUCCAAAUCACAAGAGAGUUACAACCAUGAAUCGAACAAUGGAGGAGAAAGUGCACAAAGUGUACACGAUGAUCAAGUAUUGGGCCAUCACGUGCACGAAGACAUACAUAAAACAGUGACAAUCGUCAAGAAGAUCGCAGUACCGUACCCUGUCGAGAAGACUAUCCGUUAUCCCGUCAUUAAAAAAAUACCGUACCCGGUCCGAGUGCCGAUUCCGCAACCGUAUCCGAUCGAGAAAAAGAUACCGUAUCCCGUCAAGGUUUUCGUCAAGGUCCCUAUCAAGAUACCGCGGCCGGUACCGGUCAUCAAAGAAGUACCGUAUCCGGUUAAAGUACCGGUGGAUCGUCCCGUACCGGUCAAGGUGUACGUACCGAAGCCGUAUCCGGUCGAGAAGAGGGUACACUAUGAAGUAAAAGUCCCAGUACCGAAACCGUUCCCCAUCGAGCGUAAGAUACCGAUGCCGGUAAAGGUGCCGGUACACGUGCCGCGGCCGUACCCGAUCGAAAAAAUCGUUCACUAUCCGGUAAAGAUCGCGGUGGAGAACCCGGUACCGGUUCCGGUAUCGAAACCGUAUCCGGUUGCGGUUGCGAAGCCGGUUCCGUAUCCCGUCGAGAAACCGGUGCCAGUUCCGGUCAAGGUGGAGGUGGUGAGGCCGAUACCUGUACCGUUGGACAAACCGAUACCGGUCAAGGUAAGGGUGCCGGUACCGAUACCGUACCCGGUCGAGAAGAAGGUACCGUAUUCGGUGGAGAAAUUCGUCCCUGUGCCGGUAAAGAUCCCGGUGGAGAGGCCGGUGCCGGUAUACGUGAGCAAGACGGUCGAGUACCAUAUCGAGAAAGCUGUUCCCUAUCCGGUUAAGGUGCCGGUUGCGGUACCAAUAAAUGAACACGGGUUGGGGAAUAUUAAAUACGAAGAAAAUAGUUAUUCAUGGAAACCAUAAAGUGAUAGACGAAGAGGGUAUUACAUUAAUGGCUUGCAAAAAUAAUUGAUAGAUAACGGAUUAAUGUACAGUUGCCAGAGGCUUCGUAGGUCAUUUUUACUUUCGCUUCCAGAUCGAUUCGAUAAUAUCUGAUGAUCGAUGAGAAAGAAAGAGAAAGAGAAAGAGAGAGAAGAGAGAAUAAGAUUUGUGGGAAAUACUACUUAUAAUAUGUGAGACUUAUAUAAGAGUAUAUUUUAAUUUAUAUAACAGAAUAGUUAAGAAUUUGUUACUGUGUUUUAAGGAAUAUUUAUUUAUUUCCCUUCUCUAUGAAACUUUUUUACUUGAGUGUAUACGGAAAGUAUAUAUGAAUCGCCAUCUUUAUGAUAUAUUGUUACUGCACCUGUAAUAUUGUCGAGAUUAUCCUUAUCACGAAGUACAUUUUACGCUGUGAGAGAGUAUCAAAUAAAUAAUUGUUUAAUAAAAUUAUUAUCAGCCGAUCACCGCGAGUCCCAAGUGGUAUUAUAAUUUCCAAAGUAUAAUUAUUACAAAUAUGAAAUUCGAUUGAUCAACCUUUUAUUUCAAAAUAUGUACUAUCAAUCGACAGCAAUUCUGAUAACGUGCAGAGAAAAAUAAUUAAUAAAAUAAAUAAUAAUAGAAUCUUACGAGAGAAAGAAAAAAAGUGAAAAGGUUAAUUUUAACACAGUUAACUUUCUGCGCGAUGUCCGAUUCGAUCAUUAAAGUCUUUCUGUAUCGCCGGUUUAAUAAUUCCAGUCACGUCUACUUUCGCCGCGUCGCAAUUACCGCCGUGGUUGAUAUGUUGUAAUUGAUUUGUAUAAAACAACGGUCAUCUGGCGACAUUGACCGUGAUUACGGAAUAUCUGUCUCCUACGUUUCAUACCGUAAGAUGCAACUGAUUACACAUACGGCGCAAGAAUAUUCUCAUUAAUACGUGUAACAUGAUAAUAAUUAUUACCGAAUCGAAUUUUACGAAAUAAUAAAUGAGAAAUCUUUCACAAUAGAAGAUAUUAACUAUUAAAAGGUUUUUCUUAUUGUUAGUUUAGAAAAUUUAGUCCUCCAGGGAAGUUCAUACAAGGUGUCCCGGAAACGACUACGAAUACGAUGAAUGUUUAAUGCAUGAAUCGUGUGGUAACUUGAUUUUCUUUCAAAUUUGCGAUAACAUCUAUCUUUCAAAAAAAAUCACAAUCUUGUAACAAGAACUUAGCUGCGUAACUUGCAUAGAUUUAUAGUACAUGCAAUUUAAAAUCCAUGCGAAUGCCUGACAUGUGUCCAGUGAUAAUACAUAUAAAUGCAUUACGUUAUCUAUCCAUGCAGAGAAACGGUACCAGCAUAAAACUUAGAUUAUUUCCCAGCGUCUCACAGAAUUCAAUAAAACUUGCUGUCGUCACGUAAUCGUUCGUGCCUUUCACUCGAUCGCGAUAUUUUAAAACGUUAAUAAAACAAUAUGAUUAUAAAUAGGAAGAGACAUUUCCAGUUGAUGUAUGCCUGUCCUUCUCAGCUCAAUGAUUUCCAUAUCCGUAAUAUUAUACGCUUGCAAUAUUAAAUGCGUUACCUUGCACGAGAAGUAAUUACGCGCGUGUCGCUCUUAUAUCACUUUAUGCUUCUCUGUACGGGCGCGAACUUUGCGAAAUAAAUGAUAGUGCGCGGAGUAGGUACUCAAAGCAAGAAGUAUAUUGCGAUUUCACUUGCAUCCCGUCAUAUUCUACUCUUCCGUGUUGUUCAGACUAAACACUGUCUGAUUCAUUAUCAUCAAGACUAAAUCCGAUUUAUUUGUUCCAUGUGUAGUUAUUAAUAAUAUUUAAACUCAGUUAAUUUUGGACGAGAGUCCGUGAUAAUAUUAAUUUUGUUUCUUACGUUAAUUCGUAUUAUACAAAUAAUGUUUUG